GCCAGACGCGGCGAACACGAUUGUACAGUACUAUUUGGCGGGCCAUGAUCGGCCAAGUGCUUCAAUAUUUCUGCAUUGCCAGGGCACAAUUCGAGGUCAGAGGCAGUAUGUCCUACGCGGUGUAAGUGGUUUCAUUCAGUGCUACGCUUUACCAUCUGCGAAGCAAUCUUCCAGCCAGCUUUGAUCGGUUCCCUCAUUCCCUUCUCUCGUUCACCAACUUGCAUUGGCGCUGGCUAUGGCACGUACGAUCCGCAUCGCGGCGGCCCAGAUGGGUGCUACCCAUCGCACUGACCCACGCAACAAAACACUGAACCGUAUGUUGUCACUGCUGGAGCAGGCAAGCAGCCAAGGUGCAGAACUCGUGCUGUUCCCAGAGACCGCUUUCACUACGUUCUUCCCGCGUUACCUCAUCAACGAUGCGGACGAGCUGGCUUCUUGGUUUGAACACGGCGAUGUCACGAAGUCCCCAAAUGCGGCACCUCUUUUCGACAAAGCUCGUGAGCUCGGUGUCGACGUCUCCGUUGGCUUCGCAGAAGCUGCUGAGAAUGGGGAGCGUUUCAACACGAGUGUCUACUACCACGCCAAGUCUGGAUCUGUCAUUGCCAAGUAUAGGAAGAUACAUCUACCAGGCGACUUCGAACCUUUUGCAGAUCCGGAGGCUACGAACCAACUGGAGAAGAGGUACUUCAAGCCUGGUGAUCUUGGCUUUGAAGCAUUCCGCGUGCCUGAUCUUGCAGACGGGACUGAGCCGAUCAUGGGCAUGAUGAUUUGCAAUGACCGACGCUGGUCUGAAGCAUGGCGCUGCCUAGGCCUGCAAGGAGCAGAAGUUGUUCUCUGCGGCUACAACACCGCUGGCUUUGCGCCGCAUCUCUGGGGUUCAGACAAGAAUCAGGAUCCAAGGGUCGCCGAGCAGACGGCGCUCUUCCAUCACAAGCUGGUUAUGCAGCAUGGCAGCUACACUAAUGCUGCAUUCUCGGUGUCGGCGGCGCGGUGUGGAAUGGACGACGGAAAGUACUCGCUCAUCGGAGGCUCAUGCAUUGUCGGUCCGGAAGGCGACGUCCUAGCGGAAGCGAAGACCACCGAAGACGAGAUUGUAAUUGCGGACUGCGAUCUUGACUUGUGCACGCAAGGCAAGUCAAGAACGUUCGAUUUCGGACGACACAGACGCGUUGAGCAUUACCAGAGGAUAGCGAACCAGACUGGAGUCGUACCGCCACCAAUGCUGAAAGACAUGAAGGCGAGAGGCGCUAAUGGUGUCCCUGCCACGAAUGGAACUUUGACAAAUGGUACGCACGAGAUUGCAGAGCGACCACUACCACGAGGUGGAAGGAAGAUACGUGUGCUUAUCUGCAAUCCAAACGCUACCGAAUCAAUGACAGCCAACUGCGUGAAGAUGGUCGAGCCUACUCUACCUUCCGACGUCGAAGUAGUGGGAUUCACAUCACCUCCGCCGGCUCCGUCUGCGGUAGAAGGUAAUUUCGACAACAUCAUGAGCGCUGCCGCCGCCGCACGUGCCAUCAUACCGCUCCAGCAACGGGAAGGUUACGACGCAAUGCUAGUAGCGUGCUAUUCAGAUCACGCUCUCAUCCGCAUGCUGCGGGAAGAGUUCGAUGUCCCAGUCAUCGGCAUCAUGGAGGCCAGUCUCUUCGCAGCUAGAACGCUUGGGGCACGUUUCGGCAUUGUCGCAACCUCAAGGCGGAGUCAGGUCAUGCACGCAGACGCCGUUCGGCAUUAUGGCAUGGAUGGCUUUUGCGCGGGAGUGGGUUCCUGCGAUCUUGGCGUGCUUGAUCUGGAGAGGAAGCCGAGGCAGGAAGUUCUGAAGAUUAUGCAGGAUGUGGCCGUCAAACUGGCUGGGCAAGGUGCAGAAGUGCUUACGCUCGGCUGCGCUGGCAUGACGGAUAUGAAGAUGGCUGUUGAGGAAGCGGUGGGUGAGACAGUCCGUGUGGUUGACGGGGUUGUUGCUGGUGUUCACCACCUCGUCGGAUUGGUACGUUUGGGUGGGAAGACCGCGAAGUCGGGAUUGUAUGCUUCAAGCGCACAAGGCAGGAAGGCGAGAGGGCAAGACUACGUUUGAGGCGAAAAGAAGAGCAUGAUCAUUGAUCGUUAGCGCUGGCUGUGCGCUCAGUUCGCUGCUUGAACAGCCAUCCAACAGCGACCAGCGAGCUUGCCAGCAUGCACAAUGUGGUGAACCAUACCACGUCAGAGUAUCUGCCGAGACCAUAGCUGUCGAUAUUGAUAGCGGUGCUCCUUCGAACCAGACGGCUACUGAUGGGUCCCUCGAGGAUGUUAGCGACGCCUCUUUCGAAGCUGAAUAGCCCGUAAAGCAACAUAGCAAACUCUUCGUCUUUCCCUCCAUCACUCGACACGGUCAGGAACGUGCACAUUCUGGUGUAUAAGACACUGUAACUUGCGC